AUGGCCUUUCUCGGAGCGGUGACACUACUUAAUUCUGAUUUCGACCUCGCCGCACGGAAGUUGGUUGAGGCAGAUGACGAGAUAACUCGACGGAUUAAUCCUAUGAAAAUUCCUGGAUACCGGAUGCUAGAUAACAAUUCCGUGCGGUUCCAAUUUCCAGCAGGGCUGUUUGGACCCGAAAGAGUUGUAUUGCUUCGAAGCACAUAUAUCGGCCUUAGCCCCCCCAACAAUCUAUCAUCUAUGCAGAGAUUCCAUUGCCACGAGAUCUUCUAUUAUCCUAAUAACGUCUAUUAUCCUAAUAACGUCUAUUAUCCUAAUAACGCUCUCCUCCUAGAGAGCUUUAUCAGGACUCUCCUCCAGGAUUCUCCAGGCUUCUGGCGCGACUUAUUGGAGGCCUGGUCUAUAUCCUACAUAUAUGGCAUACUGAUGGUUGAAGACACGGUGCUUAAUUCUUGCGAACGAGAUAGUAUCAGAUUAUGGUUCAACGAAAAGAUUCGCCGGGGAAAGAGUGGUCUCGACAGAACUACGGUCAGCAAGAGAGUGGGUAAGGGCCAAACCCUUACCAAGUAAGCCCUUCAGAAGCUCAAACCCCGUAUACCUGAAGAUAGCCUUCGACAAAGCUUAAAGAGUUGAUGCCUGCAAUGCACCUUAUCGCCUGCCCCUGGGUUCCAAGACGCGUAGCGAGCAAUUUAGCCAUUCUGUGGUGGCUAUCACGGCCACUAGAAUUACAUCAGCUGCAGGAUAGAUAGUAAAUGUACCCAAUUCUCACUUCGGCUCUGUUUAAGAGCAAAAUGUAUCAGGGCCUGCGGGCGACAUUAGCCUGUGAGCGUAUAAGUAGCUGGC